AUGGAUCAGAGGCAAGAAGCUCGGAUUCUGGCUUGGCUGAAGGAGACUGAGGAUGAGGAAGAGAUUCCCGCCUCGAGUUAUAACGGUGAAGAUGAUGUUGUGGAAGAGCAGAGAGCAGGAGCACCGGUGAUCCUGACUGAGGAACAGAAGCAGAUGCUGGCUGGGAGGCUGAUCAUUGCUGCGUCACAGGGUCAGACCGGCCAAGUGCGGGCGAUCCUGGAUGCGGGGUCGCCAGUCAACGCGACAGACGCCAGUGGCGACACUGCCCUGCAUGAAGCAGUGGUGAAUGGCCACGAAGAAACUGUCAAGUGCCUGAUUGAUGCCGGGGCAGAUGUCAACGUCAGGGACUCGGAUGGGAUGACGCCUCUGCACUAG